AUGGCCGACAGACACAACACACACACCACUGCACCACACCUUUGCUCACCACUGCCUCCACAGCACACACUCCAGUCGACCAGCAGUGGGUCCGGCGCUCACUUCAUCCACCGAUUCUUAGCGGACACAACACAACGACAACUCAUGGCAUCGCCUCAUAAGACGAUUAGUGUAUUAAUAGUGAUGUCUUCGGCUGCGGAUACGCAACGACAGGAAGUUAUGCGCAAAGAAUUACUCGAUUUGAAUACUCAGAGGAAUAAAAUGGAGAAUGAGAUCAAAGAGUGGCAAUCAAUCCUCGACAGCCAAAAUGUAGGUUUGAAUGAGCCGUUGGUCGACUCCCAGGGCUUUCCCCGCAAUGACAUCGAU